AUGUCUUCAAAAAAAUGGUUUGUAAUUGGUAUUUCGGGUACAACAUGUAGUGGAAAAACUUCUGUAGCUACCCAACUUCAUGAAAAGUUAAAAAACUCAAUAGUGUUACACCAAGAUAAUUAUUUCUUGUCGAAAGAUGAUCCACGACAUGUAUUGGUAAAAGAACUUAAUCAUUUUAAUUGGGAAUUAAUAACUAGUAUGGAUAUGGAAAAAAUGUAUUCAGAUAUUUUACAAUUAAUCGAAUCUUUUCCGAAUGAAAGUAAUCCUUCCGAAAUGAUCAACAAAAAUAUAUUAAUAUUAGAUGGAUUUUUGCUUUUUAAAUGUAAGGUUAUUUCAAAUUUAUGUGAUCGUAAAUAUUUCAUAACAUUAAACAAAGAACGAUGUUGGGAGAGAAGGAAAGAAAGAAAGUAUGAUCCACCAGAUGUUCCUGGUUAUUUUGAAAAAGUUGUAUGGCCAGAAUAUAUAAAGCACAAAGAUGAAUUAAUGAAAGACAAUGAUUUGUAUAAUACAAUAACAUUCAUUGAUGGAUCAAAAAGUAAAAAAGAGAUAUUUGAAAUAAUUUUUAACGAAAUAAAAAAAUUAUUAUCAUAA